UUGGAAACAAUAACAAUGCCGGCAAAUAAAGUAAAUGUUUCAAAGGAUUUGGAUCAGAAGCAAGGAGCAUGCGCAAACUUCCCGUGUGGUUGCAUAAAGAACUCUAGUUUCAAGGAAAGAUUAUGCUUCGGUGCUGCGUUCCUUACCUUCUUGAUAAUCUUGUCUAUACUCAUAUGGUUUGUUAUACCUGCCAAGGAAGAAAAACUUUUGAAUAUUGGAGAACCACCACACGAAUGGUUCCUAACACGAGAUAUGUGGGAUGCUCUACCGUACCACCACAAUCUCACCACCGCGAUGUUUGAUCCCCUGAAACUAGUGGUGAUACACCACACGGUCACUCGGACUUGCGCCACGUACCGGGAGUGCGCCGAAACUAUGCGGGCGAUCCAACGGCACUCCUUGAACACAUUCAACUAUGAUAUCCCGUACAACUUUUUGAUUGGUAACGACGGGCGCGUUUACGAGGGAAGAGGCUGGGGAAUCCAAGGCGCACAAAGAGCUGAUUUCGGCAGGUGUACUGUCCUCGUUGGUUUUGUUGGAGACUACCGUUACGAAGUAAAUGAUCACACUAAGGUCACAGAUGAUCAACUCAACAGGACACGAAUGCUUUUCGCUGAAGGCGUGAGAGAAGGACACCUUCAGAAAGAUUUUCGUGUCAUCGGGGCUAGAGAUAUUAUGUACACGGAGAGUCCUGGAUCACUUCUCUACGAGGCAAUACAAGAAUGGGAGGAAUAUGACCACGGAAACUACAGGGGACAGAAUUGUGAAAUUAUUUAUGGUAUCGAAGAAGUUCCAGAUGAUCCAGAGGCAUGGUUGAUAAGUCGAGACAUGUGGGAAUCCCGCGAGGUUGGGAACGUUCCCACCACCGAGCCGUUUGACCCGCUGAAGCUGGUGGUAAUCCAACACACCGUGACCACGGAGUGCUACAGUAUAAGCGCAUGUUCGAGCGCGUUACGCAACCUGCAGUCGUCGGCCAUCAACUCCGGUCACGUGGACAUAAUAUAUAACUUCGUGAUUGGCAACGACGGUCGUGUGUACGAAGGCCGCGGUUGGGGUAAAGAUGGCGCACAGAGGUUUGACUUCAACAGGUGCUCAGUAAACAUUGGUUUCAUUGGCGACUAUCGAGAGGAAAUAGAGGGGCAUACUCGAGUCACUGAAGCCCAGCUGGACAGGACAAGAAUGCUGUUGUCCGACGGGGUCAGGCUGGGUCAUCUCAGAUCAGAUUACUUCGUCGUCGGCGCCAGGGACCUCAUGGAUACCGCCAGCCCCGGCUCCCAUCUCUACAAUGCGAUACAGAAGUGGGAUCAAUACGAUCACCUUCAGAGAUUCGGGAACAUGACGUGCGAGGAGAUUUAUGAAAUAAAUGCGGAAAAAAAUGUAUGA